AAGAAUGGGCCCUUUUUUCUGGCAAAUUGGCAAAUUCAAGUUUCUAGAAGUAAACAAACAUGUCAAAAUCGAAGUCAAAAGGAGGAAAGUUUUCGAAAAUCAUUGAAGAUGAGAGCCCCAGAUAUUUCUUAAAUCCUGAGUCGGUAAGUCGUCAUUUAUACUGCUCAAUAUGUCAAGAGGUUUUUAUAGAACCACAGCGAGCACCCUGUGGUCACAGCUAUUGCAAAAAGUGUAUUAUGCAAUGGCUUAAAAAUAGCAAGACAUGUCCAGAGGACAGGAAACCAAUUUCAAGAUGUUCAUUACAUCAUGACUUUAUACUGGAGAAUAUUAUAGGAGAUCAAAUAGUUGGAUGCCCGUUUAGAUAUAGCGGUUGUGAUUUUAUUGGACAGUUAGAAAGAUUAUCCAGCCACAGAAAAUCUUGUGAAUUUAAUCCUGUGAAUUUGCCAGACUAUAUACGUGAGAGAACAGGCAGUGGGGCUGGUACACCUGAUGCAAUGGUGGUGGAUCCUUUAGCCGGAGAUACCAUUGCCUCGCCUGCUAAACCAACAUUAAUGAUGAGACUUUAUCGCCGUGGUAAUGAUCAAAAACGUUUAUUGGAAACUAUGUUUGAUGAGAAAGAAAAUAAUCCUGUCAUUCACAUUGAAUGACAUUGUUAAAAUAUAUGUGGAAGUGCUCAAUAAUAUUCAUAAAUUCUUU